AUGACUCCCUUACCCUUAGGACUCCUCUUUCUCUUUGGGUCAGUGCCUUCAGGUAGAGGAGGCCGAGCUGGUUGGGAGGAAGCAGGAAGUGCGGGGUGGGGGGAUUGUGGCUGUGACUUGGUGGAAGAUGACCUGGUCUGGAUAGUCAGAGGCCGAGGUGGUGGGGAAGGAGCAUUGGGUUGUGGCGUUCCCUGCAUAUCCCAGGGUUUCAUUGGGAUGCAAGUAGAACUUUAUUUUGGCGAGGAUGAUGCUUGUUCAUCAGUGGAAUAUUACAGCCCCAGGAAUGAGGUGGAGGCUCUUAAUUCAAUCCUUUUGCUUCUUGACAUUUCAGUCUCAAGUGGUAUGUGCAUGCAAAUGAAUGUCCUGCAAGAACUUCGGGAAGCAAUUAGUGGUAUGAUCCGUGAUUUUGGGGACAAAAAUAGUGUGAAGACUACAAUUUUAGAAAACCACAGCUAUGGUAAAGAAGAAUGUUUGUUGCAAUGGGGUGAAAACAAUGGCAUAAGGACAAGGUUGCAGAUAGCUUAUGUCGAAGGUGCUGGUGGAGGAGCCAUAGCAAGAGAAAAUCUAAAUGUUGGAGACAUUGCUGUGGAGAUCCCUGUAUCUACUGUCAUUUCUAAGGAGCUAAUCCGUGAAUCCAACAUGGUACAUUUCAGACUUCCAUAA